ACUGAGAGUGUUACGAAAAUGUCAAACAAUGUCACACAAACGUUAGAAUUGGGCACCAGCCAUGCUGCAAUGAAAAAGUUGAAAGAUUAAAUAAGGCAUGCAAUCAAUACAACAGGAACCAUAGCAGAGUGGUAAACUGGGGAUUUUAGAGUUUGUGUUUAAUUAACAUUGGAUUUAAAUGGUUGUCCAGUUUAUUACAAAGUUAUUUUGUUGGUGUUCUUGUGGAUAAAUUUUCUAUAUUUAUAUUAAAACAAGUAAUAAUUUUAAUUUUUUAUUUCAUGUUUCUAUAUAUUUUAUUCAUACAUCUGUUAUUAAAAAACAUUGGCUUUAUUAAUGGAUUGAGUUUAUUUAUCGGGAUAGACAUGGUUUAAACCUUGAUUGAAAUUGUUGCGGUCACAUUUAGGUAGACCUAUUAAGCACUUGUAGCUGCAAAAAAAGAAUGUUUUAAACCUGUUAAACUUUGAACUGAUGAAGCAUAUGAGAAGAAAGGCGAAAUGAGGCAAGCUUAAUAAACAAACAGUCAUCUGUGGAGGGACUUAAGUUAACUUCUGAGUCAUUAACAUGUACCAGUGUACCAUCUUUAUACAGUUUAAACAUGGAUGCCUAAGAUUUAUUAGUGAAUAAACAAUGUCAACAUCGGCAUCAAGUGUGGAGAGUUUUGUCUGUGUUCAUAAGGAAGCAUGUGUUAUGAUCUACCCCGACCCUGAGUUGCAGACCGAGGUGAUGAACAGCCAGGUUCGCUGCAAGUACUACAAGGAGGGCUGCAAGUGGGUUGACAAGCUGCACAACCUUCAGGGCCACCUUGAUGUUUGCCGCUACGACUCAAUUACGUGCCCUAACCAGUGCUCCGACAUUCUGUCACGACUUUCAAUCGACGAUCACUUGGAAUUCAGUUGCCCAAAACGUAUCGUCAUCUGUGAAUUCUGUAACCAGGAAUUCCCUGGAGAGGCUUUUGAUCUUCAUGUUGGAAACUGCCAGUAUGAAAUCGUGUGGUGCGAAAACAAGUGUGGUGCCAAGUUGGAGAGGCGUUACCUGAACAACCACAUGAGGAACGAGUGCCACAAGCGCACGAUCAAGUGCCCUUACUGCUCCAAGGAGUUUGUCUAUGAGACGCUACAGACUCACCAAUAUCAGUGCCCUCGAUACCCUGUGCCUUGCCCCAACCGCUGUGACCCCGUGAAGAUCCCCAGAGAGGAAGUGGAUAUCCAUGUGCAGGAGUUGUGUCCCUCUGCGACCGUCUCAUGCCAGUUCAAAUAUGCAGGCUGUACCCACAAGGCAGCUCGGUAUAGCCUGGAUCGGCACAUGGGUGACAACACAAAGCACCACCUACAGUUGAUGUGCGACCUCGUUCAAAAACAGCAGACGCAAAUCACACAGCUCUGCAACGCCUUGUAUUCUGUAACCCAGGUGACUGAUGGCACAUUUGUCUGGAAAAUCACUGACUACAAGCAGAAGUUCAUUGAAUCUAUUUAUAAAAACACUGAAAUUGUCAGCGAACCCUUCUAUUCCACAAGAUUUGGUUACAAGAUGGCUGCAUCUGUGUUUUUGAAUGGGAACGGAUCAGGGGAAGGGAAAUAUUUAUCAGUUUACAUAAAAAUACUCCAGGGAGAGUAUGACAAUAUUUUGGACUGGCCGUUUCUGUUGCCAAUAUCGUUCACCAUUUUCGAUCAGAACUCAGAUCCCGAGAAGCGUGCAAGCAUCACAGAAAGUUUCGUGCCUGAUCCGACUUGGAAACACUUCCAGAAACCAGUGAAGGAUGUAGAUCAACUAGGAUUUGGCUAUCCAAAGUUUGUUUCUAAUGAGAUUCUGAAGACACGAGACUAUAUAAAAGGGGACUCAAUCAUCUUAAGAGUAAAGGUGGACAACUCUCACAGUUCAUUUUCGUAAUAGUGCAGACAGGUUUACCCACCUUGGAUAGUUUUAUCCUUAUUACCAGUAUGCAUUUCCUUCAUGAAAAUAAAUGUGCUAUUUUAGGCUCGGAAAGGAUUUUUGUAUGUCUGGUUUUAGUUUUCAUUGGCAUUUAAGAAUUUUCAUCUUUAGUUUUUUAGUAGUUUACAGGUGCAUUAGUGUUCUAUUCAACAUUUUAUGAAAUAUUUAACCCAUUUAUGCAAAGUGGACUCUCCCAUCUUUCUAAAUUGGAUAAAUUUAUUUCCAAAAUUAGAGAUGCCUAGUAUAUUUAUUUCUAUAUUUAGAAUAUUUCUUACAGAAAUUCCUUUAAGCAAACAGCGCAGACCUAGAUGAGAUGCCUUAUCAUGCGGUGUCUCAUCUGGGUCUCCGCUGUUUACCAAGGCCUUUUUUCUAGACACUAGGCAUAAAUGGGUUAAGCAAUCGGCAAAUUGUGCAGAAAAUGAAAUGCAUUUAAAUUUAAUAUUAAAGUCUUACCCUUGUUCACAUUUAAAAAGGUUAAGGUAGAGAAGUCAACUUAAAAAGGAUUCCUUUCUUAGUGUUUGCAAUGUUUGUUUAUAAAUAAGCUGCCUACCUGCCUUCUUUUUGUAUCCAAAGCAACAUGCAUCUCAAACUUAUAUGAUAUUACAAUUGUUAUGGUGGAGGUGAUAAUUUGAGUUGCUGAUGUUUUUAGUGAUUUGUUUUGAUGAAAAUCUUUGAAGUGCAAUAUUUUUUAUAAUGUAUAUAUAUAUAUUACUGUUUCACUGUGUUAUAUUGAUACAUUAGUGUUAUGAAUUCUAGAUUUGUAGAACACAUCAGCUAUUUAAGAUGCAUUAUGCUAUGGUUGUGAAAUCAUAGUUUGAUUUGUGUAGUCUUACUUUCAUGUUCCUGUGUGUUGUAUCUUUACUAUUUAUUUAUUAUUACAAUAUUCUGGUGUGUCUUUUGCAUAUUAUCAUUAUUUUGACACCAUUACAAUUUGAAAAAGUGUAUAAUACCAGAGCAAAAUAACUUGUGGAGUUAUUUAUCUAUCAUAGUUGGAGAAAUUGAUAAAUCAAUGGUAAUAUAUGUUCUAACAUGUGUUUAUCAUCAUUUAUUAUAUGAGACUUAACAGAUCUUAGUUAAAUGCAAUUACUCUUUGUUUCUAAUGCAAUCAGAGCAAAAAAUAACAGUAUGUGUUAAAAUGUUAGUUUUCAACAAAAAGCAACUUCUUUAACCCAUUUAUGCCUGGUGUCUAGAAAAAAGGCCUUGGCAAACAGCGUAGACUCAGAUGAGACGCCGCAUGAUGCGGCGUCGCAUCUGGGUCUUGGCUGUUUGCUUAAAGGAGUUUCUGUAAGAAAUAUUCUAAAUAUAGAAAUAAAUAUACUUGACAUUCCUAAUUUUUAAAAUUAAUUGAUCCAAUUUAGAAGGAUGGGAGAGUCCACUAAGCAUAAAUGGGUUAAAUGUGUUAUUGUAAGAUAGUGUUUAAUGAAAUUUAAUGGUGUGUUCAAAUGUAACCAUCUUUGAAGAGCAGUCGAUAAUAAUUAAGAAUUCAUGAACAGAAAUCAAUGAUGACUUAGUAAUUGUGCCAUUUUUGUGAAUACAGUAAACAAACUAUAAUUUUCAUAAUGUUAAACAUUAAAUCAUAAAUUGCGAAUAACAUGUGAGCUACUACUACUAGUUAAAUGUAACAUACUUUCUAUUCAUAUGUUAAUAUUUAAAAGUUAUAGAAAAUUUUCUAGACACACACGAGGGUGGUUAUUCAGUAUAAUCAUGAUUCAUUGUAUAUAUCUGCCAUUAAUAAAAUAAAAAAUAAAAAAGG